AUGGAUAAUUUUUUGAUUAAGCAACCACGUUCUAGUAGCGGUCCAUCUAUUAGUUCACAUGUAGCUCCAAAAGCUCAAAGAGAGAUAAUUACACCUUCUUCUUCAAAUGUUGAUUGUAUUCUUGGGGUUGGAUCUCUCAAACGGGAUCCCGGAGAAAGAAAACCCAUCUUUGAAUAUGAUCAUAAUUAUAUUCGAGAUGUUGUGAGGAGACAUUAUAUUUUGAUGGGGCCUUAUCAACCAAAACUUCGUGUAUAUCCUAAAACAACAUUUGGGACUAGGAAUCGGCAAUUUAAUCCUGAGGACUUACUUCGACAACACCAAGUUGAGAAGUUGGAAGAAUUGCUUAAAUUUGGAGAAAUUCUUACCGAACAAGGAUUAAAUCAAGAACAUGGCCUCCAACGAUCGGGUGAUACUCGUUGGGGAUCCCAUUUCAAGACUUUGGAAAAUUUCAUGAUUAUAUUUUCUUCAAUUGCUAAUGUGCUUAAAGAUAUGAAAGAAGAUUCUCCACAUGAUCUUGAUAAACUUGUGACAGCUUUACAAAAGAAAGAUCAAGAUACUGUCAAUGCUAUGGUAUUUCUUAAUCUUUCAAAGAGAAGAAUACAAACAAUGAGAGAGAGUGGUUUGGAGUCUUUGAUGGAUGAGGUUUCUUCAUUUUGUGUUAUUGAUUUGCAACUUCAGGAGCUCAAUAAUCGUUUUUAUGUUAUGACUAGUGACUUACUCCUUGGUAUGGCUAGUUUGAAUCCGGUUGAUUCAUUUGCUAAUUUUAGUAAGAGCAGAAUAAUGAAGUUGGCCGAAUAUUAUAAAAGUGAGUUUGGUGAUAAUGAACUUCGAGAUCUCAGUUAUCAGUUUGAUAGUUUCAUUGUCUAUGCUCGAGAGUGUGAUAGCAAGUUUCUCAACUUGAAGGGGAUUAAAGAUCUUGCUACGAUGAUGGCACAAACAGAAUUGGAUCAAACUUGGUCUCUUGUUUAUUUACUUGUAAAGUUGACUUUGAUUUUGCUUGUUGCUACGACAAGUGUGGAAAGAGCAUUCUCCUCAAUGAAGCUCAUCAAAAAUGAUCUACGUAAUAGCAUUGGUGAAGAAUUUUUGAAUGGAUGUUUAGUUUGUAAGAUAGAGCGGAAGAUAUUUGAAAAUGUAAGUAAUGAUGUUAUUAUAGAUCGUUUUCAAAAUAUGAAGUCUCGUCGAGUACAAUUAUAA